CAUAUAUGCUACUCUUUCGAGACACCUCAGAAAUGAAGAAAAUCAUAAACCAGACAGAACUGUAAGAUUAAAACUUGAAGACAAUCAGUUCGAAAUUCUAUACAUAGAAGGUGCAAACCCAGAAUUGAAAAGAAGAAAGCAUCAAGAAGACACAGAAAAAUUCUAG